AUGGCAAAAAAACCCGAACCCAAUGCGGAAACCCGAUUCCCGAAGUUUCCGGGCCAGGUCGGGUCAAUGUUAUCGGGUAUUGGACCAGGAAAUAUGAAUUUAACCAGUCAAAAUCAUGCUCCAACUACAAGUAGUCAAGAUGUGGGAGUUCCGGGUUCAUCUUCAUUUGGUUCUAGUAUCUCUUCCGGUCAUCGUGUUGGAUUCAAAAAGCUCUUAUCAAAUAUUGCUUUUAUUAUUAAAGAUGAUGAUGAAUCAGGAGGUAUGAGUGAGUUGGAUAACUACUUGAAGGAUAAAUUGUUGCCUAAAGACAUGGAACUUGAUUUGUUAGCAUGGUGGGAAACAAAUGAGAUUAAGUACCCGACACUACAAAGGACACCUAAAGAUAUAUUAGCUAUUCUUGUUUCCACUGUUGCCUCGGAAUCAUCUUUCACCACUACUGGAAGAUUAGUAAGUCCUCAUCGUAGUCAAAUUCAUCCAAAGACAUUGGAGGCUUUAAUGUGUGCUCAAAGUUGGUUGUUGAAUGAAAUUCGAGCAACUUGUUCUGGAGAGACCGAGGUAUAUUGUUGUUCUGUUGAAUUUGAUUAUGAGGUGGAAGAGGAAAACACUAAAGAAAGCGGGACAACAAGUUUGGAUGAUUUUGUUUGAUUUUGAGUUUGUAACUUUGUUUUAAUGUCAAUUGGUUGAUGUUACAAUAUUAGACUAUUAGUAAUUUCUAUUUGGUUAAAUGAUUUAAGAACUUAUUUGGUAUUUUAAGCCUAUGCAACGUCUUAAUUUAUCAUUUUGU